AGAAGAUAUAACAUGAGUCCAAUGUGCGGCUGCGCAAAAGUGAUAAAGAGAAGUGUGGACGGUUUGUUUCCAUGGGUUUCCCUUUUCUGUGAAUUCGAAUUGAAUUUUUAAAAGCUUGGUUUGGUCUCCCCCCUCUUUCAUUCUUACACAGAUUUAAACUAUGUGGCUAGUUUGUUACUUCGUGGUUGUUGUGGCCGCUUUAAUGAACACCACUCACUAUUUGGCCUGCAGAGGUCUUAACAAUAUUUUCUCCAACUCAGUUGUUCGAAGUUAAUCACUCAAAAUGAACAUUCGCAUUUUACGUGAGGCAGAGUGUACAUAGAGUAAAAGGUGUAAGCCCACCGUGCCGUCGUUAAGUACAAAUUUUCGUUUUCUGUUUUUAUUUAAUUUUUAUAUUUGUUGGAACGAAUCGGUGUUUUUUACGACGUUUUUUUUAGUAAAAAAGAAAAAUAUUGGAUUAAGAAUUUUUUUUAUAAAUGCUGAAAGGAUACAUCUACAAAUGUGUGAAAUCUCUUAAUCUUAUAAUUGAUGUGUGAUAAAUUGUUUAUGAAAAUUAGAAUGUCAUAAUACGGUAAUAUAAAUAUUUGACAUAAUCGUGCGGUCUUGACGAAAAAAAAAAACAAAUUAGUUUAGUUUGAAAAAAAAAAAAUAAUAAUUAUAAAUUAGAAAAUUAGCAAGGAAAAUAAAAAAAAAGUGCCAACAUCACCAUGAUAUCAGGACAUGUUGCAGGCCUAAGGAUUAUGCAACACCAUCAAAUACUAGCUUUCAUUGCCCUGCUUGUUCUUCCAUUUGGGUUACCACAGCAAACAGUUGGACCCUAUAUAGUGGAGCCUACACCUGCCCUUAGGCUAGGAGAUGAAGAGUUAACGACAGUCCUUUUGGUAAGCAAUGAUAAUCGGACAGCAUCGCAGCAUGGCCGAUAUUUGAACGUCCGUCCAAAUGUGGGACUUUUGACAUCCACGGCUCGUACAUUUAUUCAAGAAGGUGUUACAACUGAAUAUGCAACUCAGGUGCUAGGAACAACUUUAGAAAAUGGACGUAUUUACGCCCAAUUGUUAAAGAAAAGCUCAAGGGUGCUGUACGACAAGGAAAGUCUCAUUGCUCCAAGUGCAAUAAAUAGUAAUAAUGGAGGUGGUGCGGUACAUACGAGCAUUAUUGGCGAAGAGCCUGCUGCUCAUAUCUAUGCCAAGCCACGAUCAUUACUUCAAAGCCAUAACGAUUUGGUUGCUGACAAAGACUGGCAAGAUAUUGAUGACAGAAUAAUAUUAGAAAAGAACUCAUUAUUUGUUGGCAAUACGGAUUUUGUUGGAAGCGUACCUAAACAACGAUCAUCGUUCAUUGUUUUUCCUGAAAAAACAGCAGAUGAUCAGAACGAACAAAAGUUAGAGGCUCCAUUCAAUGUAAAUAAACCACCAAUUGGUGGUGAUAAUGUUAAACCAACAGAUAGUGAUGAUGCAGUUAGAAUUAUGGCUAACAAAGUUCAGCCGGCUGUUGAUUUACCAACAUACACCAUAAAGAAUAUGUUUUCCCCAAGUGGAUUUUCUUGGGAAUCAUCUCCGGAAACCGAAACGGACACGGAAACAGAAAAUAAGAAUGAAAAAAAUAUAGAAAAAUCCUUUUCCAAGACCACGAGCCCGUUUGCAGUACAAAGAUCUCCAAAACUACUUUAUCAUCAAGUAAUGAAAGACGACUACAAUAGUAGGUCCUUGUCAACAGUAACUUACUAUGGUUUUGCUGAUUUUACAACUAUUGUUGGUGAUAGUGUUAUUGUGUUUUCGCCAAGUACGUCUGCUGCUGAUAAACAACCAUCGGCUCAAGUGACUUCAAUUAAGGGCAAAGCAACGCUGGGACCUCAAGAGCCAUCUUAUGUUUUGAAAGUUCCAAUAACUAUUACUCAAGAUUUAAUAGAGCCGACUUUUGUCAUUCCAAUGCUCUCUACUGAUGUUAAUGAUCUAAGAAUAAUGCCAACAGAUAUGAGAGAAAAGAACAAAGAGGAAGAAAAAGAAGAAGAACAAGAGCAAUACGUCAACAAGCCUCUACUUGAAAACGAUGUAGAAACGAUGCUAAACCGUGAAAAUAUUGAAACCACAACGAAAAGCCUACAACAACAAGAUGUUUUAGUGACAUUUGAAGAUCCUUCAUUUUAUGAUGAGAUGAAAGAUAUUGAAGAACAACAACAACCAACAACACUCUCUCCUGAAAACGAUAACGAAAACGAAACCAACCAGUUGACAACUCUGCCGCCAACAAGCGAAACAGAAGACGACCAAACUACUGAAUUAGAUUUAAAUCAGUUUGAACACACGUUGGUUUCUUCAAUGUCUGAUACAAGUUCCAGUAUGGCAGAAAAUUCAAUUUCAAUUCCAACACCAACCGAAACCACAUCUCGCGUCAUGCUCUCUCGACCAUCUGAUGAAGAAAUAUUUAAAAUUUAUUCAUCUUUAGCAAAGGCAGAGGCAGAAAGGGCUGCUUCAAAAGCAAGUCAAGUCUCAGAAUCGGUAAGUGUUAAGUCUUUGGAAACUACAACAACUGAAAGUUCACCGCCGCCGGUAUCAAUUGAAAGCAAUGAAAAACCAUCUCCAAAAACCCCACCAAUAACAACGACACCAGAAGAAGAGGAACAAAUUCAACCAGAUAUUCCAGUCGAAGGAGGAGCUACAACCGUUUUCUUUGAAGAUGAUCCAUUUUUGGAAUUUGUUUCACCGAGUGCUACGGAAACAAAUGUUGUUCAACAAACAACAACAACUUCAUUUGAACAAAGUCCCGAGUCAGAGCACUCAAUUUCAACUGCAGCUGUUCCAGAGCAACCUGCAACAGAGCCUUCAACCGAAAAAGAAGAAGAGGAAGUCACAGUCCUAUCAUCAACUAAUUCAGAUAUAGAAAAAGAAACUAAUCCACAAGAAGAAGAAUUCAAACCGAUUAUAAAAGAAAUUCAAGAAGAUGAAGAAGUUGAAAAUUGUGUCCGCACGUCACAAGUUUAUUUAACACAAAUUCCUAAAACUGUAACCUUUUACACUACAUUUUUUAUUCCCAAUGAUGAUAAUUCAGAAACAUCAACGUCGAUUGAAACAAAUGCCGUUCCAAGUUUCGAUAUAGCACAGGCAACAAAGCACUAUUGCAUUCAACCAACUCCAGGUUAUGUUACAUUACAAAAGAGCACUAGUGUUCCAGUAUUGGAACGCCCUCUAGAAAUCAGUAGUUCUUCGAAUACUCAAGACAGUCAAGAAAACAUAAAUGCAGUUCUCCAAGCUACAACACCAAUGAUGAUAGUACGCGAGAAUGCUGAAGUGACAGAGGCCAGUGCAGCCUCAGGUGAUGGUUACGAAGAUGGAACUGAAAAGAAUGAGGAAGAAGAAGAAGAAGACGAUGAAGAAGACGAAACUGAGUCCGAUUCGGACUCCAAUGGUGAUCAAGAAUCUGGUGAAGAAAUCGAACUUAUAUACAAGACCCUAUACACAACUUAUACAUAUCUUACAACAUUCUUCCACGAUUCAACAACCAGUAUUUCAAGUCAUAAGGAAAUCGUUACAAAUGUUAUCACAUCUAGCAUGAGUAGUCAUGAAACUAUUAGUUCAACUGAAGAUGGCGGCGAUGAAAUUGAACCGACUGCAACAAAAUCACCAAUAAUAAAUCAUGCUACUUCAACAUUCGAUCUUCAAUCGUCAGAUUUGAUCAAAAUUGAUGGAAUUUUGAGAGAAGAUUCAGACGACCAACCAACCAAACUCACUGAACAACUAGAUGAUAGCAAAAUUGCCAAAACCUAUUUCACAACUUACACUUAUUAUACGACAAUUUUUGUUGAUGGCGAAACAGAAAUUAUGAGUCGUACCGAAGUCCACACAAAUAUUGUUGGGAAGUCGUCUGAAUCGGAGCCAGUAGCUGCAGUUAGCCCAUCAGCAAGAUAUCUUCAAAUUGACGAUGCUGUUUCAGAUGAAGAUAAUGCUGUUAUUGAAUUGCAACCAACAGCAACCUAUGAAACCAUACAAAGAACAGUUCUGUUUUCAAAAGAAGAAUCGAUCAGACCCAAAAAUGAUCAUGGCGGUGUUCAAGAGCUAGAAUCAUCUUCCAGUAGCUCGUCAUCAAAGAGCGAGAAAAAAGUUGUACCCAUUAUUGAUGUUUCUAAAUUGUCAUCGAGCGGUUCGAAUGGUUCGAACGGCCAAAAUCAAAUUGUUGAAUUGAAUGGCGUUCUUGAAGAUCAAAUAAGUUCGGAAAGUAAUACGGAGGAAAUUAUACCGUCAGCUACAUUGCUCCUCCAGACAAGUUUUACGACAUUUACGUAUUAUACAACAAUGUACAGCAAUGAAGCAACUAAUGUUGUAAGCCGUUUAGAAACUAUAACAAAUGUUGUAACGGAAACACUUCAGCCAACUAAAACUCUAAGUGUGGAUGAAGCCACAGUGCCAAUUACAUAUUUUACAACUUUCACUUAUUGGACUAAGCUUGCCAAAGAAGGCGAAAUAACCACUUUAAGUCGCGAAGAGACAAUUUCGAAUGUUGUUACACCAAGUGUUUCUGCUGAAAUGACUGUGACUGACAGUAGUCUGCCGUCAGAAUCAAUUUCAACUGUUGAACCUGUUGUUAGUGCAUCAUCGUCGUCAUCGAGUGAGUUAUCAUCGAAAGAUAUAGAACCAACAACCUUUUACACCACUUAUACUUACUAUACAACAUCAUAUGUCGGUGAUCAGACAGUCACUGAUAGUCGCUUUGAAACAGUCACAAAUGUCUUGAUGCCAACAAUUACUGCUAGUUUGGAUUUAAAUACAGCAACAUUGCCUUUGGAGGAGAUGGAGAAAAACGAAACAUCAAGUAAAGUAACUGAUGACCAAAGUAUGAAUCCCCCUCGAACAAUUUCUUACGACUUUAAGACAAUCGUUGAUGCCGAAGGUAUUAGUACACUUUACUUCAAAACGCAAGUAGUUGCCACAGUUGUUGAUGGUACUUCAACAGAAAUAUCGUCAAGCACGUCAACUAUUAACAUUGACGAAAGCAAAAAGACUCUAUCUAUUGCGGCUUUGCCGGAAUCAAGUGAAUCAAGUUCUACCAGGUCUUAUAAGACCGGACUAGUGCGUUUAAUAUCAGGAACAAAACUAUCAAACCAAACAACAACAGUUUAUCAAUCGAAGGUCAUUGGAACAAUUAUCGACCAGCGCUAUGCUCAGAUAAUUGAGAGUACAUCUAGUUUUAUUAUUGAUAAAACCCCGGCUCCUGGCUUAGGAAUCGGAAUCGAAGCUUCAUCAACCCAAAAUUUGAUAUCAGUGAAACCUACUGUUCUUGUGCCAGCUUUGGCAGUUGAAAAAACUCUUGAAAGUUCUAUAAGCGAUGCUCAAGAAAAUCAAAACAAUCAAAAUAAUGAAGGUGGCGAUGAAGGUGAAGAUGAAAGUGAAAAUGAAAAUGGGGAAGAGAACGAAGACGAUGAUGAAAGUGGCCGUCCUAGAACUCGAUUAUCAUUUCAAACUAAAAAGAAAACAUUUACACCUGUUAUAAGACCGUUUGUUUCGAGAAAUAGACCCCAAUUCGCACCUAAACGUAAAAACAUCCUACAAAGCAGUGCAACUAUUAUAACCAGAUCUGACUUAACACCAACAAUAACAGCAACUCCGGCUAUAAAAUCAGAUGGACGGGGACGCUUCAGUAGUUCAAGAAAAUCAAAUGUUGGCGGCUUUUCAAGUCCGGGAGCAAUAAGUGGAAGUAGUUCACAAGGCGGUAAGAGAUUUGGUCGUCCGAGUAAAUCUUCACAAUUUGGGGGGGCAUUUGGUUCCUCAUCAAGCUACCCAGGAUCAUCUUCUCGAAAUCGUCUUCAAUCUUCGAGGGGCGUACAACAGGGAUUGUCGUCGAACUACAAUGCUGGUGGCGGUUUUCCAAACUCUCGUCGUAGCGGAGGAGCAGGAAGUUUUAGAGGCUCUUCAACAAGUGCCCGUUCAUUUUCAAGCGCUUAUCCAGGAAAUUCUAGAUUAAGAAUAAGACCAUCAUCUUCUUUGUCUUACGACAGUUUAUCAAGCACUGCCAGUUACACAACCCUGCCAACAGAUAGUGCUGAGGACGAGGGUGGAAUUACACAGAGGUAUGAAAGUGAAGAAGAAGCCGAUUUUACAACUGAAAAUCUACGAAGAAACAACAACAAUCUAUUGCGCUUCCGUAGACCACAAUUGAAUCGCCCAGCGUUCCAAGGUGGUGGUGCUGUUCAGCGGAAUUCAGCAACAAGUGGACAAGUUACACCUCGACGAAUACCACUUAGCCAGAAACCGAGAACCACAACAACAACUAGCACUACAACAACAACCCAACGUUCUCGACCAAGAGUUUCUCCACGUCCAUCAACAUUAGGACAAAUUCAAAAUAGAUCUAGGCCACAAAACAGCCUUUUCCCACCGCGAAGACUAUUCCCAGCUCAAAACGCUUAUCAAGCCGCAACUGCAGAUGAGAUACAAAAACCUGGCACAGGGGACGAUUUCGAUAACGAAAAAGAAGAUGAGGAUUCGGAUUAUGAAAAUGACGAGGAGGGUAUUGAAAAUGAAGAACAAGAUGAUGUGAGUCGGCGUCGUCGAAGUGAAAUUUCCUCCUUAAAAUCGUUGGUUAAAAAAAGAUCCAAACGACAGGCGAAUAAUUUUAGAAAUAGAUUCAGAAGACCUACUUCGACCAAACCAACAUCUGAAGAACGCUCUGAAGAUACCACUGAAGAUGAAUCAAGUACAGUUCGCUCACGAGCAUCAUCACGUUUUACACCUCGUACUCAUUCUCCAGCUCAUACACCCUCCUCCCCACAUUCCAGCGGUAAUAAGGCGGCUCAACAACACAACAAUCGAGCCAUACGCCCAACUAAACCAAAUUCAAGCAAUCGUGCCCAAUUUACUCUUCGGGAAAAGGACACCACACCCAAACAUUCAACGCCACGUCUUUCAACAAAUUUCAGGCGUCCAGUACCAAAUGGCGGUACCUCAUCGUCAUCAGCAUCAUCAAGAAGAACCACAACAGCAGCUUCUCGGUCCAAAACAUCGUCUAGAAUAAAGAACUAUGGCAACAACCCUAGCACCGAAACAACUCACAGCAGUCUUCCUCGUGGAAGAACUCCAGCUAGCGGUCGAUCAAGGUCAACAGCACGUAGCAGAAGUCGAAGUGAUUUCACAACUGAUCCAAUAGUUCCAGCUUUUGAUGGAACAAUUACCGUCACACAUACCACUCCAACAGAAAUAACCAUUCCUAUUGUCAAUGGCAAAGUCACUGAAUACAAAAACGUAUUGACAACUACCAGCAGUACCGAAGUUGUGCCUCCAAAUCAAUACACUUCAAUAAUUGGCCCUCUCGGCAGCUCAACCUUGGUCCUUAAUCGCGAAGAAACUUCAAUCAACUUGAACGGAGCUACCGAAGUAACUCAAUUUAUAUUACACGAACAACCAACCACUACUGUAAUAUUCACACCAACAACUAUCAGGGGUCGUAAAACUUCAUUUGCUCACAUGAUACCCUCAACAGCAUAUCAAGUGGAAAAUGUCGUGUCUACCAUGCAACCCCAAAUCGCAGCAAAUGCUCCACUUGCAAACAUUCUACUUUCACAACUUUUGCUAGGAAAUUUGGGAGGCUUAAAUCAACCCAAUAUCAAUCCGUUAUUGGCCCUUGGUGCUGGCCAAGCUACACAAGCUAAUUCACAAGUUCCAGGUGUACCAACUACAGAGUACAAAACACGUUCUUCUACAUACGUAACAACGGUCACUAAUGGAAUGUCAACCAUUAUACCACUCACAUUCCAUGGAAAGGAGAUUUUAACCACCAUCUAUGACAGUUCAUCGGAUGUCAUAACUGCCACUGAGUAUUUCACCGAAACUAUUGUAAUAACACCAACUCAACAAGCACAGCAGGUACAGCAGGUAAACAGUCUACUUUUACCAUAUCUGCUGCAACAACAGCUUCAGGGCCAAAAUCAACAACAACUACAACUACCAUCUCAACCAGCCCUACCAAUUCAAAACUCCAUUCCACCUCAGCUUCUGUUCCCCGAUAAUUUACAAGAUCUAGAUCACAAUGGUAUCCAAAAAUACAACGAUUAUGGUUCAGAUAUUGAAGAUUAUCCAAACAAUACUCAAGAUGACCAAAUCAUCGAGUCCAACACAAACACAAAUACAAACAACCACAGUAAUCAAAGAUCUGGAAGUCGCAAAAAAGGUGGCCGUAAAUUCCAUAAGCAGCAGCAAGCCUCAGCUGCACCACCACCUGCUGUCGAAUCGAGUGUCAUAACACUGUAUGUUUCCGGAAGACGACCCGGCGAAUUUAGUACUGUUCUAUCGACUGUCCAAAUAGGGGCUGAACCUUCUUUGCGCAAGCGACAAAUCAAUCGUGUCCAACCUCUCUUCCGAUCCACAUCACCGCACGUUGAUGAUUUUGAAGAUUAUUACAGUUCAGAUGGCAGUGAGAUCGAAGAAUACUUGUUGCCAGCUAGUAAUGAUAUUAUUUCUAGUCACAGCCUAAAGAGCAAUUCUCUUUCUGAAGAAACUCAAAGUCUUGAAAGUAUAGUAGGUGAUGUUAGCCUCUGGUAUACCAAAACAUCGGCUUUGUUCAUAAACAAUUCCAAUAAUGGUGGAGAACCUUCAACAAUCUAUGAAGAUUUACUAGCACAAAGUAGUAGUAGUAGUGAUACAAAUUUGCAAUUUUCAUCUUUAUCGUCUUCGUCAGAAAUAGCUUUAGAUUCUUCUGGAGAAACAACAAAUCAGUCAAAGCAUUUUUUAGUCUAAUUGACCUUACUGAGAACUCCCCACUCAGUUCCAAGGUCAGUAGUAAUAGUGUCGCCAGCAGCGGGAAAAACAAAUUAAAUCACCGCUUAAUGACCUCAGCCUUAUCAACAACAGCAACAACAUCAACAAUACCAAAAGACAAUAAUAAUUUAAUGAAUGAAAAUAAAAAAAUGUUGCAAACUAUCCGAGACGACAAAAAACUCUAUUUAAGCACUAGAAUAAGGAAAAAACGUACUGCUGUAGAAUUAAAAACUUAUUUUAAGACAGAAGACAAUGCUAAUGCUAACUCUAAUUCUUAUGCUAAUGACUCAAAUAAUACGUCAUUAGCUUUAAGAAGAAAAAUUAAAAAAACUCUGAUACGACGACUGCGCCCGCUCCCGCGCCCCUUGCAGCAGGACCAUGCAAUUAAACCAAAUCAAACGAUGCCAGGUGGUGGUGCACCGCGUUGGCAGGUGAUAGUUCGAAAAAGAAAACCUCUGCGAAAAAGUACCAAUAGCAGUAGCACAACAAACGAACUUGCUAAAUCCACAUCACAAGAAAGAAACUUACCUCCAUCCAAACUGUCACCUACAGCAUCAUCCGCAUCGAUUCAAAGCCAAAAACCCACAAACGAAGCAACAAAUAAAAGUAGGCUCUUGCUCUCACCAACACCAUCACACUUUGUUGAAGAAACAUCUACGUCUUCGAUUACGUCAGAGCCAAAACAAACUACAAUGAAGAAGAUGAUGUCAACCACGGUAAUGACACCCAUCAGACGCAUGGGGCGAAGAUGCAAAACCGAAAAAUGCUCACGACGACGUCAAGUUAAAAAGAAAACUCUUAAAACAUCAGCAUUAUCAUCAUCACUAACAUCAAUAAUUCCACCUUCCUCCUCCUCCAAACAAACACUGACAUUUAUUGAAACAUCCACAAUUCAAGAAACUACUUUGUCCCUUGAAACUCAAAUUGUUCCAAAGACUUACACAUAUGUUGUGGAACGCGUUCAUGACAAUGAACACCAAAUCCAAUCGUCAACAUUGAUACGUUCUAGGACCUUAACGAUAACUCACACACUCUUCAAAACAAAUUUAGUACUGCUGACAAAUACUAAAGUUAUAGUACCGACAAUAUCAUUUACCACCAAUUCAAUUCCAAUGACUUCCAAUGCGUACUAUGACGCAUGACUUUUCAAUAACAAAUAAAUCACAAAUGUUUCUAUUUAAGAAAAUGUCCAAAUUUGAGUUGACUUUUUUUAGAGAGUCAAAUUUUGAUGGAUUCAAAUGUCAAUCAUUUGAACUCAUCUAAUCACUGCAGAGUUAAUCAUAGGACAAUUAAUCAUUGUCACAGCCCAUCCCCAUAUCAGGGAACAUUUUUCAUCAAGAGGACCAAUUUUUAAGAAAAAAUAAAAAUAAAGUGUCACUUCUUCCUUAAAAGAAGAACAUUCAAAUAAAUUGAACUCGAAAAUAAUUGUUUUGCAAUCGAACCUUGAGAUGAUUUGUCCUAUGAUGAAGUUUGCAGUCUUAAUUGAUUUUAUUUUCUAAUAGGUAUUGGAUAGGUGACCUUUCAAUACUGAAUUUAAUUUUUUUUUUUAAUUUAAUAUUGCAAAAAUAUAAGGGACAAAAUCGGGACGAUCCAAGAUUUUUUACUAUCUUAAUUUAAUCAAUGAAAAAUUACAGUCAAUAUUUUCAUAAGAUUUUUGACAAACUUUAAAUUAUGUUUUUUUUUUAAUAAUACCUUAAACUUGUCUUCAUAUUUAAAUAAAUUUCAAAAUAAGAAAAAAAAAAUUGAAAUUUGGUACCAAAAAGAACAACACGAACUACUUGAUCUUAUCUCGAAAACAGCAGAGGUACAAAAUUAUCGAAAUUACCCAAAAUUACAUGAUUGAUGACUGCUGUCAAAACAGCACUGACAAAUUUUUUAAAUCUUCACGAAAAUGUCAAAAAAGAAAAACUAAUAAAAUAAAGAAAGAUAUACGAACUUAUGGAGAGCGAAUUAGCCAUUUUGUCUAAUAAAAUUAAUCAGUUAAUAUGAAAAUGGAAGAUGUACGACGUUGUUUUCUAUGUCUCUCUGUCUGUCUGUCUCUCUCUCUCUUUCUUAAUGGGGAUUUUAACUUUUAAAAUUAUUCUUUAAAAAUAAAUAAAUAAAAUGGGGAAAAAUUGCAUAAAAUGUAAUAAAAAAAAAACCAUAAAAAAAUGAUAAAACUGUAAUAACUUAUAACUAUGUAUAAAUAAUUUUGUUAUUUCAAACUUGUGUAUAUAAAUAUAUUGUUUUAUAUGUUUUUAAGAUAAAUAUUAUAUUUUUUUUUAAAUUUUCAUAUAACGUUAAUAUUAACGUUAACACAUAUAACACUGUGUUAGAAAAUAAAAAUCAUGUUAAAUACUUUGGAAGUGACAUAGCAGAGGUUGUAGGUAAUACCGAGUACAUCAUUUUUCAGCACUUGAAAUUUUUCAUAGACCCUCAAAAUUUCAAGUUAUAGUCAAAAAAACGUGUUUCAAUGUUUUCACACUUCAACGAUUUUUUACUCAGUCAUUUUUCGGUCAAUUUCAGAUUUUUUUACAAAACUUGUUCUUUUUGGAAAUAUUUUUUUAUUUGCUCAAUCACCAAAUUGGGUGUAGAUUUUAUGGACUGAAUCUCAAAUUACAACACUAUUUCCCCGUUUAUUUUAGAAUUCGGAGACCGUUUUAAGCUACAUUUUUUGUUUUGAAAAACUUUGUAUAAACAGUUUUAUUGUUCUAUUUAUGCUGAAUCAAAUAAGUUUUUAUUGAUCAAAAUCAGUUAGAACUGAUUAGGACUGUACAAAACCUGAAAUUGAUCGAAAAAUGACAGAGUAAGAAAUCGUUGAAAUGUGAAAAUAUUUUAAAAAUGGUUCUUUGACGAUAACUUGAAAUUUUGUGGGUCUAUGAAAAAUUUCAAGUGCCAAAAUAUGAUGUACUCGGUAAUACCUACAACCUCUGCUAGGUCACUUCCAAAGUAAUUAACAUGAUUUUUAUUGUGUAACACAGUAUAAUUAAUGUAUGUUUAUGUAAAAUAGUUUUUAGUUUCUGUGCUCUUUCUCUCUUUUUUUAUUAUUCUUUGCCAUAAUCUUGUUUUACUUAAAAUUGAAAUUAUAUAUUAUAUAAAUUAUAAAAAAAAAAUAAAAUAAGUAAAUGUAUAUAUCUAAUGUUAGAAUAAGAUUUUUUUUUGUUUUU